AUGUCUUUUGCCUGGUCCCCGCGGUCCCGGCCGCGGAGGUGGUGCAGGUGCUGCCCCUGGAGACCCGUGGCUCGGGGUUUCGAGCGGGUUGCCGCUACUGUUUAUGGAUACCUGGAUGAUGAUGAUGACUCUGAUUUCAGUGAGGAUCCAAGAAGCAGCAAGCCCCAACAACGGACCUCGGAAGAGAAGAAGGAUCAGGAAUCGCGAGAUUCGCGCAGCCGAACAGAGACCAUGGACGAAAUGUUCGAACAGUUCUUCGAUGCUAUCGACGACCUUUCGGAUUCCGAGCUUGGGAACACUUGUGGUACAGGUUUAGGGCUUGUGAUCCCAAAGCUGAGAAAUGAUAGUGAGAUUGCUGCCCACUAUAAUGUGCCGCUGCAAGCAAUCAAUCAGCUGAAGGUCGACUUCCCCAGCUGCCCAUCUGCUGAACUGGCAAGGUUCCUGGCGCGGAAAAGUGUUUCGGGAAAUCCAGAGAAGGCUGCAAAGCUCAUCAGCGCUUAUCUGGACUGGCGCAAAGGCAUACCAAAAUGGCCUCCCCCUCCGCCUGACCUUCCCAACCCUUUUCGCUUCAAUGGCUUUGCGCGGGACGGCUCACGCUUGCUGUUGCUACUUCCAUGCUGCAUUAAUGUGGACUUCAAGCCGGAGGCCUAUUGCCAGCAGUUGGUUCGGCAUUUGGACGUGGAGGUCGAGCGCGCAGACACCUUGCGCUUCACAGUGCUCCUGGACUGUCGGCCACACAAGGCCCUCGGCUAUGAUGCAAAGCCUGUCUGGCGACUCUGGACGCACAUCUCGGCCAUGGCAAAAAUGUUCCAGUCCUACUUCCCUGAGCGACUGCAGCGAUUCGUGAUCUAUCCUGCUGGGGACAUUGAGAUGGGUGCCUUUCGGAUGUUCAAAGGCCUUCUCUCCACUGAGACGUUGAAGCGCGUGAGACUGCUUUACAGCAAGCUUGGCUAUGCGGCACCGGCUCCUCCCAUAGAGCUGCUCGAGAUCCUCGAUGUCAGAGAGGUCCGUAGAGAGAACAAAGUUUUCUUCGAAGGCUUGGAUGGCGAGUCCUGA